AUGCUGAAACGUAGGGGCAAGAACUUCAAUCAGAUAUACCGUAAUCCGCUCCCAGUGACACUCUCCGUGGACAAAUAUGGCCAGAUCCCGCCGACGUCGCUAGCAAAUCCUGUUUCAUGGAUUUCUUUGGCAUGUCGCUUACUCUACAUCUAUAGCCAUUUGCCGCCACGAGAAGAGCUCACAAAAGUAAUUUCCGAUGAAGACGGCUUGACGUUUUCCGUAGCGGAUGACCAGGGAAGCAUGCGUCUUUGGCGCCAGGGUUUUUUUGGCAAGGGAACGCUUUCACGGUCGGAACCUUCGUGGAAAGCUCGUGUAGAACAGCGCUUGGGACUCACAAAUGCGGAAAACAUCGCAAGUGAAGAUGUGACUGCCGUGAGAAGAGGCGAGAGAAAAGCGUUCAAGGGACUACGGCAAGAGGCUCAAAAGUUGGAGCAGCUAGGCCGACUGAGAGUCCUCAAUGAGGAUGAACAGGCCAGGUACAAGAGCCUUGUUGAUCAAAUGGACGCCAUGAGAUUGGGCAAGGAGACAGCCGAGAGCGAGAGUGCUCUGAAAGAUGAAUCUGUUGCCACUGAUAAGGGAGAGCCUGAGGACAUUGGAAGAAAGGUCCAAGAAUCGCUCAAGAUAUCUUUGGUCGAGGAAGAUGAUAAUUUUCCCGUCUCAGAACUUCGAGAAGAAGACAGGACACUUAUUGAUCCUGAAACCAAUACCCUUCGCGCCAAUCUUGAAGCGCUCCAGCUUCAGAAAACAGAGGUGUUCUUCCUUCUGUUUGCCCUUGAUGCAGUAAAGGUUUUCAAAAAUGACUCGUCGCUUCUGCUCCAAGAGCUCUUCUACGCUUGUUUGGGCUCAAGCCAUAGCCCUGAUAACAAAUUCCUAUUGGACUAUGUGGUAUACCAUCACUUCCGAAGCUUGGGCUAUUGCGCACGGAGUGGGCUCAAAUUCGGAUGUGACAUGAUUCUCUACAAACGCGGACCGCCCAUGCUGCAUGCCGAGUAUGCUGUUUUGGUUGUUCGUGAUGGAGACUGUGGAUGGACCGAUUGGCCCGAUUUCAUGGCGCUAGCACGUGUCGUGGGUGGCGUCCGCAAGACACUCGUUUUGGUUUUUGUUGAAUGCCCUACGCAAGAAGAGUUCGAUGAAAUUCUUCUGAGUGAGCUCGAUCGAUGUGCCUUGUCUAGGUUGUUCCUGAGGUACAAGGUGACAGAGGUGGUUUACAAAAGAUGGUCUCCGAGCCGAACGCGCGACUGA